GCGAGUAAAACAAUGGAAUUCUCUUCCUAAAAGUCGCAAACUUAUACGUCACUUUUUUUCAUUUAUGAGAACUGCCUCUCUAUAGCUUGACAAAAUGUCGAAGUAAUAAGAAAUUGUGCUGAUGAAUUAAUUUAAAAAUUUUACGAUCAAGUAUGCAUUUAAGUGAUUGUUAAGUUACAAAACAAAAAUUGCAAGUAGACGAGUGGAAGUUUGGCGCGAAAGAAAUGCUUCUUCGAUUGUCAGUGGUAUUGUUCCUGACGAUGUCACCGAUCAGCGGAAGUUAUGACGGAUGUGGAGGCAGAUUGGAGCGCGCUUUGGAUGCUCUUCACAGAGAAUCGAUUAGAAGAAAUAGGCUUGAUGAUGAUGAUAAUAGCGUCUAUCAUCAACAACUGCAUACAGCACCACUCGAGAUGACUGUUUCUCGAGUUGCCGUAAAGCUCCCACAGGAUUCGACUACGCGUAGUGGACCUUGGGCUCAAGUUGAAAAGUGUGCAUAUCAGCCAAAUGACAACUCAAUUCACACUCGGGUUGUCUUCAACGACUUGUCAGUUUCAGGACUAGUCUCCUUAGUUCCACGUGAUUAUCGAGCUAACUUUCCGUCAGAAUCUUGCAGAAUGACUUUAAGACUGAGACGUGCUGGUAUUGAAUUUUACACGAGUCCCAUAGCUCGAGGGCGGGGAACAAUGCGUAUUCGAACUGAAUCUAGUUUCAUGGAACCAAGAUUUGCUUCGAUUUAUGCAUAUGGAUGUCGGCCUACUACUAGGGUUGACAAGCAAAUUAAAAGACAGGAUAAAUUGCCACCGCAUCAGAAACCGGAUGACGAGGUAAUUCCCAUAGCAACAGCCACAAGUUACGACGCAGCAGAACCGCGCGAGUUGGUAGGUGUCGCAAACGAAGAAGAUAUUGCAAUAGUUAACGAAAGUCGUCAAUCUCGAGCGUUAUAUGCCCCUGAUGCUCGGUUAGGAAUCUGGCGGAAGAGUAAGUGGAUUACGAGGGCAGAUAAUCGUAAAAGGAGAUCAGUGGACAAUCUUCUCUCUCAUAAUUUAGAACUACCUAACAGUAAUAUCAAUAAAACGAGCAUCGACAAUCACACUGAAAACCGACCACAAAUAGGAAAUCCUCAACCAACAAGUAUCUACCAAACCACAACAACUUUGAGCCAAACUCAGCUUGCUCAAAAUUUAUCUGAUGGAACCGAAGUCGAGAAGUCUUCGGAAGUGAUCACCCCAAAUGAUUUUGUAGCGGCUCUAGCUAAAAAACGGGCUGGUAGGCUAAAAACGGAUCCCUUCAAUUUGACGACUGAUGGAAAUUUGACUCAAAUUCCAAGAUGGAAAGCAGAUUCGCCUGAAAAGACGGAUAAGGACGGCCAGAAGGAAGAAAUCGAGGUUCCACAAAAGGAGACUCCGCGGGAAACGAGAGAGAUUCUUGAUGAGCAACUUGCUGAUAAUUUGGAAGGGCUUAGUCGGGACUGGCAGUCGAGAGAGAAUGUGGCUAGAGAAAUGGAGGAUGUGUUUCUGCGAGGAGCGAGUCAAGCUUUAACUCAAUAUAUUGAAAAGCAAUUGCACCCAGCUAUCAAAGAAACCCUUAUGCUCUCCAUGGGUUAUACCAUAAGCUACGGCUGAAGAUGAAGAACAGUAAGAUGAUUUUAGGAUGAUGAGUUGGUUGACUUUACACAUGACCUAAAAUGAAACCGUGGCCAGUCACUAUUAAUAAUGGGCGAUCCACGACUUGUUCUCAUAACUGUUUUAGGACUAGUCAUGGACCCUUGAUAACAUAUUGUUAGUAAUAUGUAUGCAAUAAUCGAGAAGAUGGCAGUGAGGUUAAUUACUUCUGCAAUUUCGUGUACACUCUCUCGAAAAUCUCUUGCAAUCCCAUGCACCUUUUGCAAACCCACGCACCUUUUGCAAACCCACGCACCUUUUGCAAACCCACGCACCUUCUGCAAGCCCAAGCACAUUCUUCAAACCCAUAUAGCUUUUGCAAUCCCAUGCACCUUUUGCAAAUCCAUGCAACUUUAUGCCUCCUACCUUGUGAGCCCUCCUUACGAAAAAAUUGUAAGGAAAAUUCAAAAUAGGUCAAUAAUGAUUUUCCUAUCAUGAAUUUCUUAUAAUUUUUUCGCGAUUCUUGAAAAACUAUUAUAGCAAACAAUUAUAAGAAAAUCAGAAUAGAAAUUAAGAGUAUUAAAAAUUAUAAGAGAAUUUAUGGAGAAAAAAAUAUUUCUAGGGAUUAAAAGUUUUUUCUAGAUAUUUUUAAUGAAUACCUGAGCUUAAUUCAAAUCAUAUUUAAGGA